AUGGCCGGCAAGGAUACCAAGGGCAAGAAAGCCCCCAAGGGCCUCUCUAAGGCCAACGCUGCCGCCAAGGCUGCUCUCAAGGGCGCCAACUCCCACAAGAAGACCAAGGUCCGAUACAGCACCUCGUUCCACCGCCCCAAGACCCUGGUCGUCUCGCGCACCCCCAAGUACCCCCGCAAGUCGAUCCCCUCGCAGCCCCGUCUCGAUGAGCACAAGAUUGUCAUCCACCCUCUCAACACCGAGAGCGCCAUGAAGAAGAUGGAGGAGAACAACACCCUCGUCUUCAUCGUCGAUGUCAAGGCCAACAAGGCCCAGAUCAAGCUUGCCCUCAAGAAGCUCUACGACAUUGACACCGUCAAGAUCAACACUCUGAUCCGCCCCGACGGUUCCAAGAAGGCCUACGCCCGCCUCACCCCCGAUGUCGACGCUCUCGACAUUGCCGCCAACAAGCUCUCCCUCGUUUAA